AUAGAACUGGACUAUGUGACAGGUAUAAACGUUCAGGUGUGUGAAAUAGAGGAUUCUCCACUGAUUGCCUAUUUCAUUUUGGGGCUUUUCACAGCAGUUACUUGUACAUUGCUGCCCUUUUGGUCAAGGAUACCCCAGUGGGUGAAAGAGGCUAACAGGUUAUCUGAAGAGAGGGAAGAACAAGAGAACCAGAAGAGUGACUUGUUGUUCACCUCAAGCAACUACACGGACACAAAAUGGAGUGACGAGUAUCAUCUGGAGGAGAGCACCUGGCCGCGACCACCUCUGUGGCUCAGCCUAACACUGGGCUUUGGUAUGUUUUGGAUGCCUUAUCUCGCUAUGUCUGUGGUCUGUCUGUUUUUUGGCUUUGGAGUACCUGCCUACCUCACUGUUAACCUUCUGUGGUUGGAGUGCACCCACAGUUUACUGGUGGGUGUGGUAUUCUGGGUAAAGAGCAAGAGGCUAGGACCAUACAGCCAUCUACCAGAAAACGUGUGCUUAUGGCAAAUUUACUGGCAUUUGAGCGAAGGAACACGACAGCAGCAACUACCUGUAGCUGUGUGUAACCAAUCAAAAGGCAAGCGAAACACUCUCUACUAUGUGUAA